AAGCUGAUUUGCUCCAGAGAGGAGGAGUUUUAUGAUUCAGCACAUAACGGGGGUGGCUCCCUUUCUCAACUUCUCUGAAAGGUGUGGCAGUCAGUCUGUACUCACUGCAAACGUGCUUUUCCAUCAGCUUAUCCUUCAAAUCAGGUCUAAACGUUUUACUCUACAAUAAACAAAAAGCAAACACAAAGAUGUCUGACUCUGUUUGGGAUGAUCUGGACCUGCUCUUAGAUUCCCCCUCCUCACUGACUGCAACUUCUAAUGCAAGAGGAACUGUCAAGGAAAAGGCAAAUUUUAAGGUGGACGAAGACGUUGCUGCUCUGAGGAAAGCCAUAGAGGGGCUUGGUACAACAGAAAAAACACUGAUUGAGGUUCUGACUCAAAGAAGUAACGCCCAGCGUCAGCUUAUCAGCGCAGCUUAUCAGAAAGCCACCGGAAGGACAUUAGUGGCUGACCUGGAAGGUGACACCCAUGGAGACUUUGAGGACUUGUUAGUCGCUCUGGUAACGCCUCCUGCUGUCUACGACUGUCAUGAAGUCAUGAAAGCCAUGAAGGGUCCAGGAACCACUGAGAGUACUCUUACAGAAAUCUUCGCUUCCAGAUCCAACAAACAGAUUAAAGCAAUGUCUGACGCAUACAUGAAAGAGACUGGAAGAGUUAUGACUCAUGAUCUGAAGUCGGAGGUAUCUGGAGAUUAUGGCCAAGGACUUCUCAUCUUGGCUGAGGGAAAGAGAGAUGAGAGCACCAAUGUGGAUGCAGCCAAAGCCAAAGCAGACGCUAAGGUGCUGUAUGAGGCUGGAGAAAAGAAAUGGGGAACGGAUGAGGAGAAGUUCAUCGACAUCUUGUGCCACAGGAGUGUUCCUCAGCUUCGACAAACUUUGAUCGAGUACAAGAACAUUAGCAAAAAAACUCUGCAGGAAAGCAUUGAGAGCGAGAUGUCUGGAGAUUUGGAGAAACUUCUUGUUGCCAUUGUUAAGUGUGUCAAGAAUGCCCCUGCAUAUUUCGCUGAGAGGCUCUUCAAGGCCAUGAAGGGAGCUGGAACCACAGAGUCAACGCUGACGAGGAUCGUGGUCAGUCGCUCUGAGAUCGAUUUAAAGGAUAUUAAAGCGGAAUACAAGAAGCUGUUUGGAUUUACCCUCUACAACCAGCUAGAGACGGAAGUGUCAGGUAAUUACGGUGAAGCCCUCAUGCAGCUGUGUGGCCAUGAAGACUGACUUCUUCAAUCAUCCAUAUCCUCACAUACAGCCUGGAGAAAGGAUGACCCAUAACCAACAGAAGAUCUAAUGAGUGCCAGAUAUUAACCUGAAUGAAUGGAAAUAAUCCAGACAUUCUGUUUAUUCCCUAAACAGGUCUUAAUUUUCAAUGAUAUUCUGUACUGUUAACAUUUUGCAGUUGAGUGUUUUCAGCCAUAAUUUUUUUAAGUUAUCGGGCUGAAAGAAAUAAAAAAAUAUUCACAAAUCAACAUUUACAAAAUAAAAAUAUUUUAUUUAACA